GAUAAAAAUCGCUCUUUUCUUUAGCCCACCCGCACUUUUUUUUGGUUCCAAUUAUCUCGUUGAAAAUGCUGAAGCAAAUCACCAGCGUCCGUGUCGCCUUCUGCCCGUUCUCCAAGCACGCGACCUCGUCAAAGGUCUUUCUGAACCGGGUGUUUUCAAAGGAGAACAGCAUCGCCAACCCCACAUGCAAGAUCGACGUUGUCACAACCAACUACGCCAAGGACCCGGCCACAGUCGACGUGGUCUUCAAGGACGGCAAGAAGGUCCAGAUCAACGCCGGCGAGCUCACCGGUGACGAUAUCAUCAGCCAUGUGCAAAAGUACUCAAAGAAGCUGAGCCAGAAGGAGGACCUCCAAGGCCAAUAG